UCUCGCGAUAGCUGAAGUCUCGCGCGAAGUCGCCAAGAGGCUCGUGAAUCCCGUGCUUCUGCUGGCAGGAGGGGUUUGGGCGCGCUGUGGUGCAGGGCUGGCACCAUGUUCCUUACUGUCGUCCUCCGACGCGCUCGCAUCCCCGGCCGACUGACGAUCGGGAAGCACCGGCGGCCGCGGUUCGUGUCUGAGCAGGCAAAGCAGAACAUGAUCCGCCGCCUGGAGGUGGAGGCGGAGAACCACUACUGGCUGAGCAUGCCCUACAUGAGCGCGGAGCAGGAAAUCGGCCACGCCGCCGAGCGUCGGGCUCGGGCCUUCGAGGCCAUCAAGGCAGCCCGCAAGGCCAAGUUCCCCCCGCACAGGUUCACUGCCGACCAGCUCGACCAUCUCAAUAUUACCAGGAAGUGGGCCUGACCCUGAGCCUUGCUCUUCUACUGUAUGGAUAACGGGACUCCUCUGCCUACCUGAACUUGGGGACUGAAACUAAUUUCUGUAAAAUUGUGAAUCUUUAGUGUUUUAUUAAGACAAACCAACCCCACAUAGGGCCCUGUAAAUAGAAUAUCAGGGGCAGUGGAGAGUGUGAGCAGUGACCUGUUAGGUUUCUCUUUUUUGGAGCUUAAUAGGAAGACAUCAGGGGUUUCCAGGGUCAUAAAUGAUAAAAAAUCUUGAAUGAAAGCUGCAAUAAAACUGUCUAUUGUGAUUUCAGGUCUCAAAGUAUGAGGUCGUUGAUGGGAGCUUUAUUGUGCAAUAGUAUUUUUGCAAAAAUAAUUGCCUAAGUUUGAUCACUAGUACAAAAAAAAAAAUUGCCUGAAUUUAAACAAAUACAAGCUUUUCAAGUUCGACAUACUAUUAAAAAUAGCUCUUCCUGGGCCCGGGAUUUAGCCUAGUGGUUCCAGCGCCUGCCUUGCAAGCAUAAGGUCCUGAGUUUGAUCCCCGGUACGAAAAAAAAAAAAAUAGCUCUUCCUUCUAGGAUCUCACGGUGGACAUUUGAGUGAAAUAAGUAUUAGAAUUGUUAACAUAAAAGUGUAUUUAUUUUGUAAUAUAAUGUACUGUAAUAUUCACCACUUGAGUAUGUUUGUUUUUUUGUCAAAAGUGGUGACCCACACCUGAAGUCCCAGCAUUGAAGGCCGAGGCAGGAGGACUAUGGUGAGUUCAAGACCAGUCGGGGCUACAUAGCAAGACCUUGUCUCAAAUAAAUAACCUUAUUCCAGAUAUAAUAAAGAUAUCCAGACACUUAGUAUUACCAACUACAGCACCCUAAUAGUUGGCCCUAUUUUAUAUACAAGAAAAUACUUAAGGAACUUGUCCAAAGCAGAAAUAUUUUUAACUGCUAUACAUACAUUUAAUAGGUAGUUGUUUUUGAGACAGAGUUUCAAUGUGUAUUUCAGGCUGGCUUGGAACUCUGUGUGCCCAGGCUGGCCUUGAAUCUGUGGCAGUCCUCCUGCCUCAGCCUCCCAAGUGCCGGGACCACAACCAUGCACCUCCAUGCUGGGAGCAUUUAAUAGGAUAUUUGCAAAUCGCAUAGAAGGAAAAACUCCACUACCCCUAGUGAAAUAAUCUCCAUACUGCAUUUUUGGUUUUGUCUUAUAUACAUAGAUUUUGAAUAGGUCAUGAGAUUACAGAUAGAUGGAAUUUAGAGCCAAAAACUCUUUAACAUUUAAAUAAUGACACCAAGUGGCUAUCAAGAAAACAGACUCCAAGACUGAUGUAUGAGUGCCCAUCUUAUUUUCCAGCACUGAAUUAACCAGAAAUACCCUAUUUUGCUAAUUAGCUAAUUCCCACCUUAAAAUCUGCCAUUAGUAUGUAUAGGCCCUGGUAGAGACACUAUUAUUAUUAUUCAUUGCACUUAACAACAGUGCUUAGGCAUUUCAUAGUUGAAUGUUUAACCAAACUGAACUGUUAAUAUUUUGUAUCCUUGUUAUAUAAAUACUUAAAUGCUUUUCACUGCUCAUAGAACUGUCUUGUGUAUAGGGGCAAUCUGAUAUUCUGAACUUAUAUUUUCAUGCCAGGAGAUAGUGGUAGCUCAAGCAGUUUACCACAACUGGUACUUCUGUUAUUCUUAUCUAUAUAUAGGUCAGAAACCUUUGAGUUUGAAGUUUGAGAAAUGAUUAUGGUUAAUUUGAAUCUCAGAAGAUACUUGGGAAGCAAAAUAAAAUCUUGAUCUUGAGAGACAAGUAGGUUUUUUU